UUCCCGAGCACUAUAUUCACCGAGCUCUGUAGCCAGAUCGUCUCCUCAGCAUAUGAUGCAAGGAGCUCUUUGAAAUGGAUUUCAACUCUCCUUUUACUCUGCUCUGCUUGCUGGUGAUAAUAACUGUUACUCAAGGCUCUGCCAUCUGGACUGGUGCACUCAGCGGCGACUCGGCAGUCUUUUCUUUGGAAAUCCAAAGCCUGCAGACCUUCUCCAGCAUGAGCAGGGAGGAUAAGAAAUGCUCUACAACUGUCCUAAAUGAUACUUUGUUGGCCAAGUGUGGCACUUCUGCCAGUAGAUGGCUGAACUUGGAGAACGGCUCCCUAGUGCUGAGGAGUGUGGAGAAAGAUGAUGAAGGAAAAUACGGAUUUGUUUUUCAGAACACCACCAGAAAUUUUAUACUGGAAGUAUUUGAGCCGACCAUUGGUAUCCAGUGCUUCCCUGAUGGGACUGCAGAGCUGUCCUGCAACGUGGCCAGCAACGAGAUCCUGGUUUUUCGGUGGCUGCUGAAUGGCACCCACCUGAAAGCUGAGGGGGCUUGCAUUAAGGAUGCUGGGAAGAAGGUUCAACUGGACAAAACUGAGCCUGGGGAGUUUGUUUGUGAAGUUUUGAAGGGGAACAGUGUCACAAGGACCAGACCCAUUACGCUGUCUUGCAGCUACGACCUGCUGCAGUACCCGGGGUUCAUUUACAUCCUGGCAGGGUGUGCAGCGGGUGUGCUCAUCCUGCUGGUGGCUUUGCCUGCAGCCAUAUGUUGCUGCACGAGGAGGAGACACAAGUUCAUCCCAGUGCCUUCAGAGGAGGAGAAGGAUGAUGGAUUAACAAUGUCAGUGGUGUCUGGUGAAGGCACGAAGAGCCCCCCCAAUGGAGACCGUGUCGAGGCUCAAACCGACCGUCCUCCGAAGCCUGACGCUGCCCAGAUUGGUCAAGGUGUUGAGCCCCAGCCACUGUCAGAAGAAAACUUACCAGUGCAGAUAGAAGCUGAGGAAAUGCCAGCUCCUGAGGUUCUAGUUGAUAUGGAAAGCCAGGAAGAUGCCUCAGACUGUUUCCCUGAUCCAACUGAUGACUGAUCUGACAUGCUUGCUGUCCCACCCUGAAGCCUGUCACUCUUGCCCUUUGCAUCCCAUAGUCUCACUGUGUCUGGAAAAUUUUAGCAGGGGGAAAGAUGAUGCGAGGUGUCAGACCUUCUGACCUCAUUUAAAAAGAAAAAAAGAAAAUAUAGAGAAAAGCACACACGUGGCCUCAAGGCUGCUCUGCUGUGGCCUGACAGGUUCUUUGAUGCUUUGCCUGAUACCAGAGCUGCAGAUAAACCAAGGAGCCCCAGGGACAGCCUGGGAUGAGAUGGGCAGCUCCUCCUGCUCCCUGCCCACCCCAUGCCUUGCCAGGGGCAGGCACUACAGGCAGCUUGAGGUGGCCUGCCAGACCCAGGCAGAAACCAAAGACUUGCCAGAAAUUUCCUGAGAAAGCUGCUUCUUGGGAGACUUCAGGGCAUAUUUUUUCACGAGGAAACUCACAGGAGGUCUCAGCUCAGUAUCUGCUAUGCUGGGUGCUUAUCUGAGCUGCUCCUCUGAGCUCCAGACCCUGUGAUUUGGCCCUCACCUCCUGCUGCAUGGAGCAGGAACAGUGGUGGGGGCUUGACUUUUGACUUGCAGAUGCUGGGUGCACACCCGGGGUGAUGCUGGCUUUACUCACCUCUUGGUGCCCCAAAUGACAGAGGGCACAGGUUACCUUUGGUUACCUUUCACCAGAAUCCUGGCUGCUUGGGCUGCCCCUGAGCUAAGCCAGCACUGUCACUCGCUUGCUUGCCUGCAACAGGAGGGGGCUUGGGGCUGCAAUUUUGGCAGAAACCUUGAUUUUAACGCUGAGGUCGUUUAUCAAUGCAAGCAUUAGUGCCUUUAGUGUAAUAGUUUAGCUACUGCAAGCUGAUGAAGCCAUCUGCCUGUGCAUGUAGGCUUGUUGGGGGCUGUGUUAUUUGCACAGACAGCAGCAAUUUAUAGAAUCUCUUAGGUAAGUCUUGCUGCUAUGCAUGUCCUGUUCUGCUCAGGGGAGGGUGUGCCUGUGGAGCAGUGGGGGCAGACCUGCAGGGAAGAAAGCUGUGGUGAGGAGAGGGCAGGGACUCUGUCUCAAAGCUGUCAGGCUGCAGGGAGUGCUGCAGGAUGUGAUGCCAGAGCAAGAUAUUUACUGUAUAAGACAAUUGUAGUAGUCAGAGCGAGGUGUUAAAUCAGUUGUUACCAUUAAAUUAGCCUGCUGGGCUAGAAAGGCACGGUAGUAAAAGCAGAGCUGUACAAACUGGGACCAAAAGGGAUGGGGAGGCGUGUACUGCAUUCCUCUCCUCCCUUGUCAUUUCGUCCCUGUUUUAUAUUGUGCUGACACUGUCAGUCUCUUGGCAAUGGGUUUAAGAUAUGCCUGAUUGAAUGCCAUCCGACAAGGGCUGCAAGCACCCCAGCAGAAUCCAGGCUAAGCUGAAGGCUUCUCUGCCAGGUGAGGGGGCUGGUGGAAUGGCUGCACGCUUACCUGGGACUCCUUCAUCUCUGUGCACUUGCCAAGGCUCUGCAUCAGUGACACCCAGCCACAGGUGAUGGUUCUCGUUGUUUCCUUGUCCUGUGACUCUUUAGAAGAUGUUUGGAUCUUGUCUACUGUGUUGUUGGUGAUUCAGCCUGUCUCUGCUUUUAAAGGCUGCCGUAGGAAUCGGAUUUUCCACGGUAAGAGGGAGGUGAUAAUUUUUGAUAAUUCUUUUCCUUACGGUGCUGUUCUAACUCCUUUCAGUAUAAACAUUCCUCAAAGGCUGUGAGUUGAAUGACAAAGAAGUGGCACAGGGUGCUGAGUGAAUGUCACAGGGCCAAGAGUCACCAAAACGAGGGGACAGAGUCAUCCUUGCUUCACUUCUGCACUUUCUGGCAAGGGCAGGAGGGGACAGUCGACUCCAGCACAUGCUUCAAAGGCUGAGCAGUGCUCUGAGCUGCGCUGGAGAAGAUGGCAGUGUUUGAGCACAGAGGGUGAGAGAGCUGGGCCAGCCUUGUCCUGCUGGCUGGAGCAUCCCA